CACACCCCACACACACCACACACACACACACACUCACACACGGCUGAGGACUUCCCGGUGCUCCACCGUCUCUCCAGCAGAUUUACAGCCGGGACGCAGCGCUGACAGGCGGCGGUAAAUCUUCAGAUCUCGCGGUGCUGCGGAGCUAACCGGAGAGUGUGUGUGAGGCUGAAGCGGACACAUACACACACACACACACACACACACACACACACACACACACACACACACACACACACACACACACACACUCACACUCACACACCACACUCAGAUAACCCCGAUACACUCUCCUGAGCGGACAGACCCUCCAGAGCUCCUUCAUGGCGUCCUUCGUCUCCACCCUCCUCUUCCUCCUCCUCGCUGUGGGCGGGAUCACACCAGCUGUCAAUCAGCCCUCAGAGCCCAUGUGCUUCGACUGGGGGGAGUCCAGUGAUCAGGGGGUCUCUGUGCUGGAGGGGGAGGUGGGCUGGCUGUCCUGCCCUCUCUUCUCUCACCCCUCCGUCUACAACUACACCUCCACUCAGAGCACCGGACACAACCUGUUCUGGUACCGUCUGCCGGAGGGCCACGACCUGGAGCAGCCCCUCCCCUACAGCUCCAGAAUCAGCAGAGACGGAGUCAGACUGUGGCUCCAGCCGAGCGCGCGCCGACACCGGACUCUACAUCUGCAUGCUGAGGAACAAGACGUCGUGCAGUAAGAUGGCGAUGCGUCUCUCCGUCCUGCGGCCCAGCGAGGUGCUCCGCGCCAACGACUGCGCCCCCCCGUCGCCUGGGAAUCGACCCGGCAGGUCAUCCCCUUCCAGAGGGGAGGGACCAUGGACUGCCCCGACCUGAAGGAGGCCGGCAAGAUGGCCGACACAACACAAUCUCCG